UUAUUUUAUUUAAGAAAUUAAAUACAUGAAAUUUCAUAAUCAAACCAUAUUAAGAGGUGUUAUAAGAAACGUUCAAAGAUACAUCGUUAGAAAACACAACAAAUUUCGAUCUGUCGUAAAACCAGCCGCAUCGAAUAUGUUAAGAAUGAGAUGGCAUGUAGGAGCCGCAAAAUCAGCACAAAACUGGGCUAAUCAAUGUAUGUUUUUAACUCAUGAUGAUUCUAAAGGAAGAAAUGACAAAAAUUAUGGAGCUUGUGGACAAAAUAUCUUCGUUUCAACUCAUCCAGUUCAAUGGUUAUUCGCAAUGAGAACAUGGUUUGCUGAAAAGAAAUAUUUUACUUACGGGAGCACUAAGAACAAUUUAAAAUUGGUCGGUCAUUACACGCAAAUGGUUUGGGCAACGAGUCAAUUUGUAGGAUGUGGAUUUGCAAAAUGCGACAAAAAUUCUGGAUUCCCAGGAAAAUCUACCUAUUACAACUAUGUGUGUAAUUAUUGUCCAUCGUAAGUAAUCGUUUUAAAU